AGUCCCACGGACAAAAUCAUUUCCCGUUUCUUAACUCACGUAGAAACAACGCUGUGUGGCCUAAACAGUAGAUUCGGUAGCUAGUCUUGUUUAUUCUUCGCCUACAUAUCGAAUUACGCUGUUCAUAUUAGUGGACAUAAGACGAAAGCUAUGCCUCUGUCCGAUCAAGAACAGAGAGGCCCCAGGAGACGACGACGGAGCCGUUCUGGCAGCGGCAGUCGAUCUCGCGACUCAAGUCCAGUCUUUGGGCCCAUGCCCAAGGCCCCCAGAUAUGAAGAAGACCUUAAACCUCCCCGAAUGUCCGAGAGAGAAAGAGAAAUGAGAGAGAGAAAUGCCAAAAGGUUUCGUACGGAAAACCCCCGCAGUCGUUCUAGAUCUCGAGAGAGGUACAGUAACCACAGCUGGUCCGAUCAGCGCGGUGGCGGCGCUGGUAGAUACGGAGGUGGUGGUGGCAGGAAUGAUUACUACGAACGGGAUGAUGCUCAACGCCAGAGACAAGACGCCUUCAUCUCCAGGCGGCUACAAGAGAGGGAGAGAAUUGGUGAACUCGGAUCACCUGAAGUCUGGGGCUAUUCACCAAGAGUAAUGGCACCAGACUCUGAUGAACAUACCCCAGUUGAAGAGGAUGUGAAAAACAGCAGCUCAGAUUCAAGCUCAUCCGAUGAUAAGAAGAAGAAAAAGAAGAAGAAGAAAUCCAAAAAGAAGAAGAACAAGAAACACUCCAAUGACAGCGAGUCAGAGUCGGACUCUGGUGAUGAGGAAGUGAAGAAGAAGAAAAAGAAGAAGAGCAAAAAGUCAAAGAAGUCCAAGAAGAGGAAGGCGAAGAAGAACCGCAAGCAGUCAGCGAGCGACUCCAGCAGCGACGGGUCGGAGGAGGACGCCAACGGGGAUCUGUGGGUGGAAAGGACCUGCAUCGACGAACACAUGGUGGGCCCUGAGGCCCCACUCACUCACCUGUCCCAGGAUGACAAGCCUCUCGAUUUUGGUCAUGCACUGCUGCCGGGUGAGGGUGCCGCUAUGGCAGAGUACGUGAAAGCAGGCAAGCGUAUCCCAAGAAGAGGUGAAAUUGGGUUGACCAGCAACGAAAUCGCAACCUUUGAGAUGUCUGGCUUUGUGAUGAGCGGUAGCAGACAUCGUCGUAUGGAGGCUGUGCGUCUGAGAAAGGAAAACCAGAUCUACAGUGCUGAUGAAAAGAGAGCUCUGGCAUCUUUCAACCAGGAGGAAAGGAGAAAGAGGGAGAGCAAAAUCCUCUCCAGCUUCAGAGAAAUGGUGUACAGGAAAACUAAAGGCAAAGAGGAGAAAUGAACCAGUUUCUCUCCUUUCAGAACUUUCAGCUUUGGAGAACAUUUUUUACAAACAUUAUCUUUCGUUGUUUAGUUUCCCAUCGUUUCAUGAUUUGAUAAUGUAAUUUUUUUUCCCCCUCUUUGUAUUGUGAAAUAGGCCUAUAUUUUAAGCAUCUGACACAGUGGACUAUUUUGUUUAUGUAGAAAGUUGUCGGAAAAUGAAUAUUGGAAAGGGCUUGUUUUCCUGGGGUCACAAAGCAAACACAAGAAUGGACCAGGAAGCUAUACUUAGCCUAAUACAAAAUGUCUCUAAACACUUACAAUAUUGUGCAUCCCAACAUAAAUCAAAUCCAUCCCUGAACCUUCUACCUAUUAAUGUAACUUUUAAUGUUGGAAAAGUGCCUGUAAAAUCACAAGUUACAUGUUCAGGAUUAAUAAAUCAUUUAAAAAAUA